AGAGGAUGGGGCUCAAAGGCUUGGCCUGAGGUGGAUGCCUUGUUCCCUGGACAUUUCCACAGGAUUCCUUUGGAGCACCUUGAGAAUGAGCAUCAGGACCCCACCCACACUCCUGCAGCUGGCAGGAGAGAGCCUGCUGAGGGACCAGGCCUCGGCCAUCGCAGCUCUGGAGCACCUGCCCGCUGAGCUCUUCCCGCAGCUGUUCGCCCUGGCCUUCCGGGGCAGACGCUGCUCGUCCCUGACGGCGAUCACGCAAGCCUGGCCCUUCACUGUCCUCCCUCUGGGGGGUCUGAAUGAGCCACCUCCAGUCCAGGUCUUCAAAGCCGUGCUGGAUGGGCUUGACGUUCUGCUUGCCCAGGAGGUUCGCCCCAGGAGGUGGAAACUGCGGGUGCUGGAUUUAAGGUACCUGGGUUUCGAUUUCUGGAAAAUAUGGUGUGGAGACAGCACCCAGAAGCACUGGCUGACUGGUCCAGUGACUGAGCACAGGUCCAGUCCCAGCAUGGAGCACCCCUUAGCUCCUGUGGAGGUGUUCCUAGACCUUGACUUCAAUAAAAGGGACACAGAUGAGUUUGUCACAUCCGUCAUCCAAUGGGCCCGGCGGAGGAAAGGGCUGCUACACCUGUGCUGCAAGAAGCUGAAGAUUGUUGCGGUGCCUUUCCGGAGGGCAAGGAAGGUCCUGGAUGCGGUGCAGCUGGACUGCAUCCAGGAGGUGGAACUGAACUGCGCCUGGAGCCUGAUCACCAUGGAGACGUUUGCUCUUUAUAUGAGGAAGAUGCCGAACCUCCAGAAACUCUUUCUCUCCCACAUCCGUGUGUUGAGAGAGGAGGAGGACAAUGAGGAAGAGGAGCAGGAUUGGGAGGAGGACGAGGAGGAAGAGGAGCAAGAGGAGCAAGAGGAGCAGGAUUGGGAGAAGGAGGAGCAGGAGAGGGAGACAGCCUUUGCCCAACUCCUCUCUCAAAUGCUCAGCUCACGGCACCUCCGCGAGCUGGACCUGGAUGCCCCCUACUUCCUCCGAGGCCGUCUGCACCAGAUGCUCAGGUGCCUGCAGGCCCCCUUGGAAACACUCACCGUAAGUCGUUGCCUGUGCCUUACCGAUUCAGACCUGGAACACCUGUUCCAGUGCCCGAACCUCAGGCAGCUGAAGUCCCUGCGUCUGUAUUGUGCCAGCCUCACUGGUUUUAUUCCUGAGCUCCUUCGAGCUCUGCUGGAGGCAGUGGCACCCACCCUCCAGAAACUGUACCUCGAGAAAUGUGCCAUCGUGGACUCCCAAGUCGAGGCCAUCCUGCCUGUGCUGAGCCGCUGCCACCAGCUGAGCGAGCUCACCAUCAUAGAGAACAGCCUCUCUGUGGCCACCGUGGGGAAGCUGCUGCGCCACACAGCCGGGCUGCGCAGCUUAGAAGAGGAGUGCUACCCCGUCCCCCGGGAGUGUUACACCACCCAGGACACUGUCAGCCAGGAGACCCUUGCCCUGGUCCUGGCUGAGCUGACGGGGAUUCUGAGGGAGUUAGGACGGCCCAGGACCAUCCAGCUUGCCACCGAGUACAUGGAGUGUUAUGACGUUGAGUUGUAA